AUGGAAACGCAGGGGCUGCCCGCCGCGGAGGCGGCCCGGGCCCGGCCCGGCGCCCAACAUGGCGGCCCCGCCGCGCCGCCCGCCACCCCGGGCCGCCCUCCGCCUCCGCCUGACUGGGACCCGGCGGCCUCUGCCGCCGCCUCCUCCUCUGCCGCCAGCAGCGCCGCGUCGGGCCUCUACGUGAGCUUCCCGGUGCUGCUGGUGGAGGAGAAGCCGGAGCCCGGCGCCGGUCCGGCUCCCGGCCCCAGCGCUCCGCCGGCGGGCUCCGCGCCCGACAGCGACGGGCUGCUGCUCGUCCUCAACGUGGUGCGCGGCAGCGCCGAGCCCGGCUCGGGCGGCGGGGAAGCGGGGCGCGCCCGGCCCGGCCCUCCGCCCGCGGAGCCGCCCGAGGAAGGCCCCGGCUCGGCGCCGCCGCCGCCUCCUCCGCCUCCUCCUCCCCCGCCGCCCCGCGACGGCGACGGGGACGGCGGCGCGGAGGACGGCUCCUUCUCGGGGACCAUCACCAUCAACAACCAGAGCCUGUUGGUGCGCAUCGAGAACGGCGUGCUGACGUUGGGGCCCGGCGCCGAGCAGGUCGAGCAGGCCGCGAGCGCCGCGCCGCCCCCGGCCCCGCCGCCUCCGCCCGCCGCCUCCGCCGAGCCCCCGCCGGGCGUCCCGCGGCCGCGCUCCCCGCCGGCCUUCCCCUGCCCCGAGCCGCGCUGCGGGGAGGCCUUUCCCCGCAAGCAGCAGCUGCGGCUGCACCGCCUGACGGCGCACGGAGGCGGAGGGGAGGACGGCCGCGGGGCGGCGGCUGGGGGGGCGGCGCGGCCGUUCGGCUGCCCGGUGCCGGGCUGCGCCUGGUCCUUCGCCACGGCCUACAAGCUGCGGCGGCACCUGCACUCGCACGACAAACUGCGGCCCUUCGCCUGCGCCGCGCCCGGCUGCUCCAAGCGCUUCACCACCGUCUACAACCUGCGGGCCCACAGCCGCGCCCACGAGCAGGAGGCGGCGCACAAAUGCGAGGCGUGCGGGCAGCGUUUCCCCAGCGCCGCCCGCCUCGCCGCCCACCGCCGCCGCAGCCACCUGGAGCCCGAGCGGCCCUACCGCUGCGACUUCCCCGGCUGUGAAAGGACGUUUAUCACAGUGAGCGCCCUGUUCUCCCAUAAUCGGGCCCACUUCAGGGAGCAGGAACAGUUCUCCUGCUCGUUCCCAGGCUGUAACAAGCAAUAUGACAAAGCAUGUCGGCUGAAAAUCCACAUGAGGAGCCACACAGGUGAGAGGCCUUUUAUCUGCGACUUUGAAGGCUGUGGCUGGUCUUUCACCAGCAUGUCCAAGCUGUUGCGACACAAGAGGAAACAUGAAGAUGACAGGAGGUUCACUUGCCCGGUGGAAGGCUGUGGGAAAUCCUUCACAAGAGCAGAACACCUGAAAGGCCACAGCAUAACCCACCUCGGUACAAAGCCAUUUGAGUGCCCAGUAGAAGGCUGUUGUGCAAAAUUCUCAGCACGGAGUAGUCUGUACAUUCAUUCCAAAAAACAUCUUCAGGAUGUGGACUCUUUAAAGACUCGCUGCCCUGUGUCCAGCUGUAAUAAAUUGUUCACUUCCAAGCACAGUAUGAAGACGCAUAUGGUCAAACAACACAACUUCAGCCCAGAUCUCCUGACGCAGCUCGAAGCAACCAGCUCCCUCACACCCAGCAGUGAGCUCACCAGUCCAGGACACAGCGACCUCAGCAACAUAGACCUCGUUUCCCUAUUCUCCAACGUGUCCAGCAACAAUUCGGGAAUCUCAACAGACAUGGCGCUAGUGAACUCUGGAAUCGUCACCAUAGAUGUUGCCUCAGUAGGCUCAACUCUUGGAGGAAACCUGCCUGUCAGUAGCAGUUCUUUAAGCCAGGCAGUGGAUCCCUUGAUACUGGUGGCCAGCAGCGAUAUGCCGCAGAGCCUGGACAGUUCUCUCUUGCUGGGAACUGGGACAACCGUUCUACAGCAAAGCACUUUAAAUUUGGAUGAUGUACAGACUGUCAACGCUGAAGCCUUGGGUUCGCUGGCGUCGUUGUCAGUGAGGAAUCCCAGUCAGGAUGUGCACGGUUUGACAUCCAGCAAUAAUUUAACAAUUGACACAGCCACUUUGACUCCUUCUAGCAGCCUUGGUGGUACCAAUGUGCCUGAGUUACUGACACCAACUAAAAUGGAACGGAAUUUGCUUCCCAGCUCGGAUGUUGUUGGUCAGCAAGAGGGCAGCAAAGUAGUGACUCAGUUUGUUUUCUCCAACCCUCCAGGAAGCUACAGCGCUCAGAAAGAAAUGGAUCUUAGCACAAUGACUGGCAGCUCGUUUUUGGAGAGCAGUGGGUCUGCGAGAACAGACUACAGAGCCAUUCAGCUGGCCAAGAAGAGAAAACAAAAAGGGAAUGGGAGCAGCACAGGGACAACUGGCUCUGGUCAGAGGAAAAGCAAGGGUGGUAAAGUAAGCCCCACCAAUUUCUCAUCGUCCGCUCCCAGUGGUCGGCUGGGUGGCAGCGUUGUUCUGCCGAAUGGAGGGCUGACGAUAAGGGACCCUGCAACGGGAGCACAGUAUGUGCAAAUUCAGCUUCUUCAGGAUGAUCCCUCAGGAGAGGGAGAUUUGCCCUUUCAGCUGAGCUCUCAGUCCUCCUCAUCACAUUCUCAGCUUACGGUGGAUUUACCUGUUCACAUACUUCAGGAACCACACAAUUCUGCUGAAGACGAUGCAGGUUCUGAUAACUCUCAGUUCACUGGAAGCACAAUAAACUUACAGGAUCUGGAAUGACCAUUAUUAAGGACAGUUACUUGAAAGCCCAUUGAGCAAUCAUGUCUCGACAAAAUAAGAUAACUCUGUGGGUCUUCUUCUGAGGAGAAUAGGAAAACUAGGAGUACUGGAUUAUGGUUGUGCUUUUUGCAAUUUGCUAAAGGCAGUUACAGCUGAAAGGUUUUCUUAACAAGUGUAAAUCCUACUUGAUGUGCCUGUGUAGUAUAACCCAGCUGCCUAGCGGUCGCAGCCCAGCGCAGGCUGCUGUACAGUGUUGUUUCAGGGAGAAGUACUCGAUUAAACUUCAAACUGAGGUAAUAUUUACUGUUUUCAGAGGAAAGCAAGUAUUCUGCAGCUAACAGAAAUUAAUAAUCCUGCCUAUGACAGCUCAAACUUUCCUAAAAUUUACAGAUAUUUUACAUGCACACACGUGCACACAGAUUGUUCUGGCCCCCGUGUUUUGGCAGAAAACUGGAAUCAAGUGUCACAUGUAACAAAGCUGAUGCCCUACACCAUGAAAAUGAAAUGUUCUAAAGUUUUUGUUUUAGCAAGCUAGAUUCUACAUAUUAACUUAGCUGUGAAUCAGUUUGUAGCUCAUGUUGAGUUUCUCCCUUUCCUUGUUCCCUCAUCCCAAAUAAUCUGCUGAAUUCUUCCAGCAAAACUUGAAAGAGAAACGCAAUAGAAUUGUACUCACUGUAAGUGAUGAGCUAAGACUCCAGGUGUCGAGAGAGGUUGGUUUUUAUCUUUGUGUUCCCUUUUUUGGGAGGGAUGUUGACAGUCACAUAAAUUAAGCACCUUGAUUAUGUCUCAUCUACGAACUGCUGCCAGGUUGCUUGUAAACUGGCCACUACCUUCUUAUUUUUUAUAUAUUUUAUUGUUAUUAUUUUUUAACUCUGUCAACACUUGUUCUUUACUGAUAUCCCAGAGUAUCACAUGCAUGUGGGGUUUUCGGCUGGUUUACAGAAUAUGCAGUUGUUGGAAUUUCAUGGGAGGGGAAAAAGAGCUGUUAGUAAGACCUGCCUCGCUGAAAAACUGCUAUUUCUACUGGAGGGCAGUGGAAGAGGUUGUACAUACUGAACUUAUCUGGACUGCAAACACCUAAGUAAGUAUAGAAUUGUAUAGGGGGGAAAUUAAAAACAGCCUUUGGUUACAUUUUGAGGUAGUAAUUUAAAGGUUUCUCAUGGUGGUGUACUAAAUGCCUAUAAAAUGACGUAUAGGAAUUUGAUAGAACGGUGAUGUAAUGGUUUUUUUUAUUCUCAAUGAGGUGUGUGUGCACAUGUGUCUGUUUUUUUUACAGAAUAAGGUAUGUCAUGCAGAAAAAUAUUGUGAUCUUUCUAAUCUUGCACAUAUUUAUUUGACAGUUAUACUGAUGUUGAAUUCACGAGGUCAUUCAGAAAAGCUUUUACUUCCUGUGCCUUUUUGAACUAUGUAUGUGUCCAGAAGAAUGCUUUUUUUGGUUGAUGACUUAAUGGGGGAAAAAAAAAAAAAAAAAGUUUGCAGGUUACAUCCAACUUCAGAUCCCAAUUCCUGGACAGUAUUUUAUCCUCUGGUUGAACCAGUUUUAUUUUUCUAUCUUUUGUUUAAGUAUCUGAGCACUGAGGUGUCUCUGUUCCUUUCAUCCUGAGUUUACAGCUUAUGCCCAGGGAUUCUUGUUACCCUCUCAGGUGGGGUUUCCAAACCAAACUCGCUGGUAGGGGAAAUCAUUUACUUGAUGGUUGUGACCACAACAUAGAAUCCUCUCCUGAAAGGUAGGAAGGUUGAGGAGGAAUCAUGCUGAAGGGACAAGUGAUUCUUGCUCAGUGCUCACCGUGCUCCAUCUCUAAAAGCUGAGACUCCUCAAGCUGCCAACGCCUGUGUUAUUCUGUUCUCAAGGACCAUACCAGUUCUUAAUCUAAUACAGUGGCCAAGGAACACUCCAUCUUUUUAUGGGACUUGCAACUUAAUCUUUCUACUUCUGAAAAUGUACCUCACUCAGCUUUGUAAAUGAAUGUAAAGUGCUAACCUCUUGGGGCCGACAAAUGGAUCACUUGGCUUGAAGUCCAUUGCUGGCAAUGGAUGCCUGAAGAACUACUGGUGCAAAAGGGUUAAUAAAGCUUUUUUUUUAUGGUCA